AGUGAACCAUGGAAGCAAGUAAGACAAACGAAGGAAAUUCCAGCCUUCAGAACAGCCUUGAACAACAAAGUGAUGUUCCUAUCGUAAGUGAGGAAGAAAGAUAUGCACUGUUGCAAAAGCUUAAUCUAGCUCACGAGAUAGGCCUUGAUCAGAGUUUUUCUCUAAAAAAAGAAGAACCCCCUGACAAUAGCUUAGAAAAAGUAGUGACUGAAGUUGUUCACUCUGCGUUUUGGGAUCUCUUCAAACAGCAAAUAUCCGAAGAUCCUCCUAAUCUUACUAUGGCUCUUAGCUUGCUGAACGAAAUAAAAGAAGGCCUGUAUGAUAUAAUGAUGCCUCAUCAGACUAAAUUAAAGUCUGAGGUUGAUGAGAUACUUGAUCUUGAACUAUUGAAGCAGCAAGCUCUGCACGGGGCAUUAGAUGUAAUGUAUUUCGCUCAGUAUAUAUUGUCAGUUAUGAAAAGGCUUUGUGCUCCAAUCAGAGAUGAGAAAAUUGAGGAACUUUCGAAGGAAACUGAAUUAGUUUCACUUUUCCGAGGCAUUUUGGAUACUCUAAAACUAAUGAAACUUGACAUGGUGAAUUUUACAUUAUUUUCCAUUAGGCCUGAAUUAGUUUCUAAUCACAUGGAAUAUGAAAGACAGAAAUUCACUGACUACAUUAAGCUCUCUGGUGAUGCUCUUCCUGUAACUGAAACUUGGUUGAAGAAACACAUUAGGCCUGGGGUAAACAUUAAAGAUGUCUUGUAUAACGCGUUCUUAGAUUUGUUGACAUGGGAUUCUAAUGAGCCCUAUCCAGAAACCUUAAUACUUGAUGAAAAAAGACUGAUCAAAUUGAAAGAAGAGUACUACUUAAUGAAAAUGACGGCAACUAUCGUAUUGUUAUCAUUUAACUCAAUUCCUCCUCAAUUACAAUCUGAUGUAUCUUUAAAAGGAGAAAUAAAACAGCAUAUAUGCUUAUUAUUGGAAGGGGUUAAAAAUGAUCAACAGUUAUCACAAGGUAUUCAAAAUGUUAUCGAACAGAUAAAAAAAGAUAUUAACGACAAAUUGGCAUCGAGGGAAAUGAACCAUCUUAGCGACGAACAGGUAACCAGCCUUAAUCAACAGAUACAGCAGGUAACAGAUCCGCAGAACAGGGUCAGAGGGUUAGUAAACCUCAGGGUUUUGGAUUUCUUAAAAUUAACAUUAAUGCAUCCUGGUGGGAAAACAAAUUUUCCACCUGCAUUAGUUCUGUUUAAAAAGGAAUUGGAAUCUUUAAGUAAUUCGUUUAUGAAUAUCGUCUUGUAUAACAUUAAUAUCUGUUUUGAGCAUUACAAAAAAAUCUUCACCAAAAACGAAUCAUCGUCUUCUAGCAUCAGCAAUACUUAGGCAUCUUAAAAAUUAGUAUCUUUUAUGGAUACAAUAAAACUACUAAAUAUUUAGUAG